AUGUCGUCGUUUUUGAAGUCAUUCAUCGAUCCAAGGAAGAACUGGUUGGCUAAACAACACAUGAAAGCUAUCUCCACUCGCCUCCGCAGAUACGGGCUCCGAUACGAUGAUCUGUACGACCCUUAUUACGAUCUGGAUAUCAAGGAGGCGCUUAAUCGGCUCCCGAGAGAGAUCGUUGACGCCCGUCAUCAGCGACUGAAGCGUGCCAUGGACCUCUCCAUGAAGCACGAGUAUCUUCCUGAGGACCUUCAGGCAAUGCAAACACCAUUCAGGGGCUACCUGCAAGAAAUGUUGACCUUUGUGAAGAAGGAGAAUGCAGAACGUGAGGCUUUGGGAGCCCUGCCUCUUUACGAGCGCUCCAUUCCUUAG